CGGUUCAGGGAGGGCGGGUGAGAGGCAACAGAAAUCCCUGCUGUGGCGAGGCGUCUUUAGUGCUCCUGUCUUCCGAGCUGUUGCUUCUUCGGGCCUCCGGGACGCUAAGCAUGAGGCGGGCGCCAUGGGCUUUCUGGAAAACUACCAGGAGAUCGACCCCGUCACUCUGAACCUUUGUAUCCUCAUCGCCAGCUAUGUUAUCUUGCUCCUGGUGUUUCUGAUAUCGUGUAUUAUGUACGACUGCCGGGGCAAAGAUCCCACAAAGGAGUACGCUCCGGACCCAGAGCCGACUCCUUCGCCCAUCAGGCUGGUGGUGAUGCAGAGCUCCUCGGCGCCGAUGGGGCGGUGGGACACGGCCAGCAUGAUCACCAGCUAUCAGGAUCCGUCACACUCGGACUUCAGGGAGAAGAAAAGCACCAUGGUCUAAGUGGCUGUGAGCGCAGUGACUCCUUUUGGGUUUUUUUUGUACGUAAAUGCUCUUUCCUUUUUUACGUUGUUUCGCUGGUUCUGGAACCAUGUUUGGAUUGGACCUGCACAAGAGCCGAGUCGGAAGGUUCAUGAACAGGCGGGCCCCCGCCAACUGCCGCUACCAGCCCACGUGCUACGAACACGCCGCCAACUUCUACACUCAUGCUCUCGUCAUCGUGCCGGCGUUCAUCGGCAUGACGCUGCUGCACCGCCUGUCCGACACCAGCUGGGAGAGGAUCACGGCCUGGGUGUACGGCCUGGGCCUGUGCGCCCUCUUCCUCGUCUCCACCGUGUUCCACAUCGUCACCUGGAAGAAGAGCCACAUGAGGUCCGUUGAGCAGUGCUUCCACAUGUGCGACCGGGUGGUCAUCUACUUCUUCAUCGCCGCCUCUUACAGCCCGUGGUUGAACCUGCGGGAGCUGGGCCCGCUGGCGGCCCACAUGCGCUGGUUCGUGUGGCUCAUGGCGGCCGCCGGAACCAUCUACGUCUUCAACUAUCAUGAGAAGUACAAACUGGUGGAGCUGGCGUUUUAUCUGACCAUGGGAUUCUUCCCCGCUUCAGUCAUCGCCUCCAUGAGCAACACGGACGGCGUGCAGGAGCUGGCGUGUGGCGGCCUCAUCUACUGCCUCGGCGUCUUCUUCUUCAAGAGCGACGGCGUCAUCCCCUUUGCCCACGCCAUCUGGCACGUCUUUGUGGCGUUGGCUGCUGCCGUGCACUACUACGCCAUCUGGAAAUACCUUUACAUGGCCCCCAGCGCGGAGUCCCUCCUCAACUUGUGACCCCCACCCCCCACCGAUCUUGCUAAUUCGACCACCACCAGAGCUGCAUUUCUGAUGUUUACCAAGACCUGACUGAUGUUUACCGCUUUGUAUCUGGGGGGGUUGUACAAGGCCUUGAGGGUGGGGGCACAUCUUCUAAAAAUGGCACAUGACCUGACAGUCUUUUCUAUCGAAGCGAGCCACAUUCCAGGAUCGGAAUCAAACCUGAGCCGAUCACGUUUUGAUGUUUCUAAGAUGCCAAAGGUGUCUAAAAAACUGCCAAAGCGAAGCAGCUUCAGACAAAAAUCAGAAUUUUAUCCCUGAAAUGACCAAAAAUAAUCCAAGAAAUCGAGAAGAGAUUUCUCCUCUAAACCUCUUUUCCAGUAAAUCAGCUCCUGCGUUUGGCUCCCUCUGGUGGACAACCUGAGUAUUACAGACUACGUUGAAUGUGAGCCGUGUUGUGUAGCGUCUGUCCAUGAAUCCCUGCGUAUUUGUACGAUUCCUCUGUUUUGUAUGUUUGUAAAUCUGCAUGAUCUGUGCAGGGACGUUCCCGCUCACCGUCUGCUGCUCUGGCUCUUCAUGGUGCUGCACAAACACGAAUGUUCAACCACUGUUCUGAAAACCACGUUUGUAAUAUGAAAAUAAAGUGACCUGGAUCCAGAUCAGAACCUGCUUCUGGUUUUCAACUCUAAA